CAGUACUCAAGAAACAUCUAAAACAGCUGCGCUCACAGAAACAUCUAAAACAGCAGUACUCAUAGAAACAUCUAAAACAGCAGUACUCAUAGAAGCAUCCGAAACAGCAGUACUCAUAGAAACAUCUGAAACAGCAGUACUCACAGAAACAUCUAAAACAGCAGUACUCACAAAAACAUCUAAAACAGCAGUACUCACAGAAACAUCUAAAACAGCUGCGCUCACAGAAACAUCUAAAACAGCAGUACUCACAGAAACAUCUAAAACAGCAGUACUCACAAAAACAUCUAAAACAACAGUACUCACAGAAACAUCUAAAACAGCUGCGCUCACAGAAACAUCUAAAACAGCAGUACUUACAGAAACAUCUAAAACAGCAGUACCCAUAGAAACAUCUAAAACAUCAGUACUCACAGAACUCCCUGCCGCAUCAGAACGCUCACCAGCGUCAACUAGGUCAGUACUAGCAGUGUGUAACAGGGCCACUAUGGCGUUGGUGUUGACGUCAGUGCGGACAGCCUGA